AUGGGCAGUCAUGGAAUUCCCCGCUAUAGCACUCAAGAGCCAACUCAGGAAGCUCGUCAACAGGAAGCCCGCAAGAUUGAAAAAUAUCGAAAAUUAGAUCGUGUAGUCGGGGAGGAGAUUGCGGCACAUAAAUAUACGCCCGAGACUCUACAGAAGAUAUCCGAUUUACUUACCAGCAACCCGGAAUAUUACACGGUGUGGAAUUACCGACGUCAAGUGUUGCGGUCUCAAUUUGCUCAAGCCACUUCAGGUAGCUCAGAUCAGCCUGCAGCUGAAAGGAUAACGGCCUUGAUCAAAAAUGAUCUGCUGUUCUUGAUCCCUCUUCUCAAAAGUUUUCCCAAGUGCUACUGGAUAUGGAAUUACCGUCUUUGGCUUUUAGAUGAAGCUGCACGCCUCCUUCCUCUGCCUCUUGCCCGUAGAGUGUGGCAGGAAGAACUAGCGCUUGUAGGUAAGAUGCUGAGCCUGGAUAGCAGAAACUUCCAUGGCUGGGGUUACAGACGCCUUGUUGUGGAGACCCUGGAGAAGAUUGCAUCUGAGGAGAAUGCGGGGGAAAGCAUGGCGCAGGACGAAUUCGAAUAUGCGAAGAAGAUGAUAAACGCCAAUCUUUCGAAUUUCUCCGCUUGGCACUAUCGAACCAAACUUAUCCAACGACUUUUAAGAGAGAGAUCCGCUGGGGAUGCGGAGCGAAAGAAAAUGCUUGAUGAUGAAUUGGCUCUCAUCCACCGUGCCUUGUGCGACCCAUACGACCAGUCAUUGUGGUUCUAUCAUCAGAACCUGAUGAGUACCUUUGAUCCAUCAGUUGCGGGCCAGACGAUGGCGCCCAACUUGACUAAUUCCGAACGGCUGGAGUAUAUUCGACAAGAGAUUGACGAAGUUCAGGAAAUGCUCGAUGGCGCAGAAGACUGCAAAUACAUUUACCAAGCACUGAUUGACUGCACGCUGCUGGCAUCUAAGGUGCAAGGCACCAUGCCAAGCGGAGAUAAGGAGAAUAUUCUGAGCUGGCUCUCAGAAUUGAAGAAAAUGGAUCCGCUGCGACGUGGACGAUGGCUGGAUUUUGAGAAGUCGCUUGAGUGA